AUGUCAUCGGUCAGGCCUGACAGCCGCAGAGCUAUGAAAAGGCAGGUGAUUUGGCCGACCGGGGCAGGAGAGAACGUCCGAGAGGUCGGCUCCCCUUCAGGCCGGCCCCGACCGGUACGACAUAAAAGCAGCCUCCAUCAGGCCGGACCGGGACUCGAGCCGUCCGACGAACCCUCUCGGGGUCACCGGAGGCAGCAUGUCGGCUCAGAGUUCUGUGUGUUCACAUCUUUUCCCCACCUUCACCGUCUGUUUCCUAGUGCCACCCUACCCUCCCCUCCUCCCCGUCGGCGCAUCCAGCCCUAA